AUGGAAAUGAAUAAAAUUAAUGACAGUUCUUCAAGAAAUAGUGUGCAUAAAGGAAGUGCUUCAAAUGUUAAAGAAGACUUGUCAGAGAUACUUUGCAAACUUCAAGAUUUCAAGCAUUCACAGUUGACAAUUGGAAUGUUUUUCGAAUUUAUGAAAGUUGCGUAUCAAGUCAGUGAUAACUGUAAGAGCGUAACAACAAUGUUUACAACAGAUAAUAAAUUUGAUUGGAAUAAGUUAGCAAAAAUUGAUGUAAAUUUUGAAUCAUCAAAUCCUAACAUGACUGAUGAAAGGUGUAUUGAUAGUCGUGUUACACAUGAAAAUAAAAGUCCUGAUGCACCAGAAGAACUAUUACUCGAAACAUAUGAUAUUAAUGUUCAGAAUUUUGUAAAUUCUGUUACAUCUUCAAAUGUGCAGACUGAACACCAACAAAUCCGUAGUUACGGUAAAAAUUUAACUAACACUGAGAAUUGUAAUGAAGUUAUGGCAUCUUUACCACAUUUCGAUGAGUCAAAGGUUGCUAAAUCCAUUGAUACAGCAGAAAAUAUUUUAAUAAGUGUAAUGAAAACAAAUUUAAGUGACAUAUUGCAUGAAGGUCUAUUAGAUUCUGUAUUACCAUACAUGAUUCCAAAAUCUACAAUAUCACAGCCUGUUAUUAAAAAAUCUAUCGUGAACAGUGAAAUAAAAAAAUGUAAUUCAUUAAGCAACAGCACUGAUACAAAGAUACUUACAAAUGUAACACAUAAAGAAAAGGAGAAAGAUAAAAGCAAAUCAAGUAAAAGAUCAAUGGAAAAUGAAGUGGAAAUUCAUGUUUGCGAUGAAGAAAAAAAUAUUAAAAAAAAUUUUCAUUGCCCUCAGAAACUUCUUGUUCAAAAAAUGCGUUAUUUCGCUGAUGUUACAGCAGGUCAAAAAUUAGAAGAAAUAGAUAUAUCAGUUCAUUGUGAUAUUGUAAUAUUCGAUUGGUUAAUGAAAUGGGUUAAAAAGGAUAUGCUAAAGAAAUCUGAGUGGCCAAUUCUGGAACCAAGUAAUGUCAUUCCAAUAAUGGUGUCUGCAUCCUUUUUACAAAUGGAACCACUUUUAGAGAACUGCCUGCAGUAUUGUCAUGAUAACAUGUCUGAUAUACUAAAAACAUCUACAAUUCUAACUUGUUUAGAUGACAAUCUUCUUACAAGAUUAGUAGAAAGAUUUACAAAUGAAGAUGUGGAAGCAUUGAAAGACAAGAAAGAUAAAAUCCAAAGUAAAUUGUUCUGCAAAUUGAUUAUAUCAUUAGCAGAAGUAAUGCCAGACAAUAGAAAAGGACAUUAUAGUUCGUUAGCAACAUUGUUUAAAUGCAGUAAAUGCGGGAAAAGUAUUAUUCAAUCUGUCUCUAAUUAUGUACCAUGUAUUGCAAAUGCAAUGGUAAUUGAUAAUCACGGAAACAUAUACAGUAAACACGUACGAGAUUUAUCGUGGACUCUAAAUGAUUAUAUUAUUACUCUUCGAACGGAAUUACGUUCAUGGCGUAAAGUUUAUUGGAGAUUAUGGGGUGAUUGUCAUUUUUUAUUUUGUACUCAGUGUAAUAUAUAUUUUCCAAUUCAUCAAAUCGAUUGGUGCUGUUGUCAUGCAGAACCUCCACAGUUUUUUAUUAAUGAACAGCAAAGACCCAUGCCAUUUCCUUUAGGCAGAUAUCCGUGUUGUAGUCAACGAGCAUACAGAUUUGAAGUAUUACCAAAUCGCGAAGGUUGUAGGUAUAGGGAACAUAUUCCAGACUUAAAAUCACACAAGGAUACAAGAAUAUUGAAUAUUGUCUCAGUAUAUAGAGACGUAAUAGCGAUGGAACCACCACAAUUAUUUUUUCCAGAGAAAAUUACGAGAUUAGUAGCUUGUGAUGCGUCUCUUCAACCAGGAAAAUUAAUGUGUAAAGAUGUGAUGUGGUGGGUUGGUAUAGAACUUGCUCCACAACGGUCAAGGCUUGGGCUUCUAGGAAAAAUAUGGAGUGGACCUGGACUACGACGGUCAUCUCAAUCGCAGGAUUUACAAAAAACAUCGCUAAAAAUUCAUCAGCAAGUUUCUCUUACAACUGAUACUUCAUCAAUUACAUCUUCAGCUACAGAUAGUGACGAAGACGAUGGUGUUACAGUCGAUGAGGAUUGUAGCAUUGAUGAAGAAUCAUAUAAUAGCGAAGAAUCUCUAGCGUGGUCUACAUUAAGAUCAAAAAAUAAAAAUAAGAGAAAACCUAAAAACCGAAUCAUGUGGAAAAACAAUGGUCGAUCUUGGAGUAGUGAUUUAAGUGUGAGACAUAAUCAAGAUAAUCAGCGAGAGUUUGAAGAAAAAGCAGCUUCGCAGAUGGUAACACUAUUAACAAAAAGAGUAUCUGCAGAUUCUUCUUUAUUAAUAAAAUCAUCAAGUAAACACAGCCGUAAAAAAAACCAGUUGAAUGGUGGUACUUAUAUAAGAUUGGAGGCAGAAUUUCGUGACCAAUUAAAUCAAUGUUAUAAAAACAAAACCAUAGCUGGAAAGUAUUUUCUACGUACGAAAUUGAACAAAAAGGAAAUGUUUAAUCAAUCUAUGCAUUUACAUGUUUCACAGAUUUAUCUUAUUACGAAGAUUCUUUGCUUUAUCUGGUACAGUCUUCCUGUUAAGGUGUGUUACAAUGCUUAUUACUUCCUUGUCUGUACCAGGUGCACACUUACAGUUUCUGCAUAUGUCGAUCUAUACAAUAAAAUUGCUAUGGCUUAUGUUAUAUGGCGUGGAGCUGGCAUGUCUAUUCAAGGUGUUAGAACUUGUGGUGAUUAUAUGUUUAGUGGCCAUACUGUUGCUCUUACUAUGUUAAAUUUUUUCAUUACAGAAUAUUUUUCUACUACUUAUCAAGUGGUCAUCCAUGAUGUAAAAGUUCAUUUGGACUAUAUUGUGGUGUUCCAAAAUAAGCUUUAG